UUUCGACCAAACAUGGAAAAUAAUGGCCAAAACAAUGUUCGGAGGAAUUCUAGGGAGAAUUCUAAAGCUGGAUAUGAAAAACGUCAGAAGAGAAGACAGAUAAGGGUUCUUCAGGAGUCGAUAGACAAGCGAGAUGCAGAUGCUGUUCAAGAAAUCCUUAAAGAAGAAUUUGAUGUGGAUUUCCAGUACCGGGGUCAGACAGCCCUUCAGCUGGCUGUCAGGGAAGGAUGUUUGGAAAUUUGCAAGCUGCUUAUUACACGUGGAGCAAAUGUGAACAUGUCAGAUGCUGAACAGAACAACUUACUUAACAUGGCUUGCUGGAAAGGUUAUAGAGACAUAGCCGAGCUGCUGAUCCAGAAUGAAGCAGACAUUGACUACAGAAGUAUCAAUGGUUCCUCACCAGCCCAUACAUGUGCCAUGAAGGGUAAUGCUGACAUACUUCAGUCACUUGUCUCAGCUAAGGCAGACUUGGACAAUUGUAACCUGCAGGGUGAGACACCCCUGCACGUGGCUAUAUACGAGCAGCAGAUGGAAUGUAUACAACUUCUCGUGCUGGGAGGGGCAAGCAUUAACUGGCAAGACUCAAAGAGACGCACCCCUCUCAUGCUGGCUGCUGAUCUGGGCUUUUCGGAUAUCACUGAGCUGUUGGUUAAUGGAGGUGCCAAUGUGAAUGCCAGAGACAAUAAAGGGAGCACUGCGCUGUUCUCCGCUGUCGGGAAGGGGCACCUCAAUGUUGUACACACACUGAUUGUGAAUGGUGCUGAUGUUGACCUUCCCACGACUAAGGGGAGUUCACCCUUACUUGAAUCAAUCUACAACAGUUUCACAGACAUAGCCCUGCUCUUGAUUGACGCAAAGUGUGAUGUUAACCAGACGGAUCGUCUAAAACAGGCCCCCAUUCACUCCGCAGUCUCUAGAGCAUCCCAGUUCUUCAGUGAGGCAGAAGACCAAUCACUGAUGCUUGUACGUAGACUGGUUGAAGCUGGUUGUGAUGUAAAUGUGCCAGACCAAGAUGGCAUGAGACCGCUGUACCAGUCUGCAAGUGGGGGGAACAAAGAAGUUACCAACUACUUGCUAGACCAUGGCUCUGACAUUAAUGUCAAAACCAACACAGGGGAUACUGUUUUACAUGGCGCCAUACAUGGAAAUGUCCCAGAGAUUGUUAACAGGCUCAUAGAGGCUGGCUGCUCACUGAAUGAAAGGAACAACUCAGGUGAACACCCCCUUUUGACGGCCAUCACCCACUCCGCACAGUUUGAGAUUGUUGAAGCACUGGUCGAAGCAGGCAGUAAUUUGGACAUCAAGGACAAAGCCAGUUCCAACACAGCUUUACACAAUGCCAUUGUACAUUACAGACAGGAUGCCGCCCUAUUGCUCAUUGAAUCAGGUUGUGAUGUAAACACCUUGAAUGCCAAACGUCAUACCCCACUUUACACAGCGUGUGAGAAGAAUGCAGACGUGAUCGCAAAGAAGAUUCUAGCUGCGCCAACAUUUCAAAGAAGCAUGCUUACUGUUCGUAACAUCCCCCAGCCUCUGUUUGCAGCCGUGUCGAACAAUCACUUUCACCUGGUGGAUCUGCUUAUACAAAUGGGCUGCGACUUCAACAUGGUCAAUAUGGAUGGUCAGUCCCCAGUUCAGCAAGCUCUUAAAGAGAACUGGCCCUUUGUUGUCAAACUGUUACUUAGUUACAACUGUGAUCUCGAUGCUCAUGCUCGGGUCAAACGGUUGUAUAAGUGUUGUCUGCUUCAUGAAGACAGUCAUCCCCAUUUUGACCUUGAACCAAUAUUUGUGGCCUUGACUCAUAGGAGUGUGGAAAUGAUUAAACUGCUCAUUGACUGCUAUUGGAAAGUGCCAGUUGGGUAUAUCAAGGAAUUGGAGCAUGUUUUUUUUACUACGCCAGAAUUGAAUACGCAUUAUAGUCCUGAAAUCAGAGCAGAAAUCCGGGGCGUUUUUCGUACAGCAAUAGAAGUGCCAAGAAGCCUCCAGGGUCAUUGUAGAGCAGUGAUUAGGAAGAGACUUGGCCCUUUGCCAAAAGAGAAGGUGGAAAAAUUGCCUUUGGCAAAGACAUUGAAAAGUUAUAUCAUGAUGGAUGAGAGCUUUGGGGAUCUGUUUGAGAAAAUGAAGGAAUAUGAAGAAGAGCAUCCUCAAAGAGAAAUACACAACACCACUGGAACCCUGUUGCGGGCUUCACAAUACUUUCAGUAAAAUUUAAGCUGCCCUCUCACAGAUAGACAGUUUUGACCUUUAAAAAAAAUUCACUUUGAAUCUGCUUAUUUUCGGCAUAAAUGCUGAACAUUCAGUCAUGUAAGAUAAUUCACAAUAGAACAGAUCUUAUUUGUUUGGAAAACUGCUGGAAAUUUCAUUUUACUUAAAGCCUCAGUAACGUUUUAAGUACCCUGGUAAUAAACAAUAAAUUUUCAAAUGUCAAUAUGAAAAACUGCGGUCUUACAUGACCUGUUUACACGCAUCUACGCAAAAAAAUGGCUCAUUCCAAAACAAAAAUAUAAAAAAGGAGUCAAAACAGUCAAUCUGUGAGAGUGCAGGUUUAAGAUCUAGUCAUUAUCAGGUUUUUUAGUUUGUCUGUUUUUCAAAGGGCUGUUACAUGUAUUAUCAAACUCUUUGAUCAUAUUCUUUGAUCAUGGAUAAAGACAUAUUGUAAAAAAGACAACUUGUGAAUCAUACAUGAACUCUGUACUAAGACACUCACUGUAAAAUGCACUUAUUGUGGAAGAUAGUAAAAUAAUGGACUUUACAAUUCUUAAACAAAUAAUGUGUUAAAAACACUUCUGCUAUAGCAAUCAAAAUAUACAUAUUAAAAAAUAUACAUGUACAUAUCUAAUAUUCUGUACACUUUUUAUAUCUUUAGAUCUCACUAGAUGGUGCGUAUAAGAUGUUAUCAGUUUUGUUAGAUUAUCUGUUUUGAUUAAAAAAAAAAAGAAGAGGUAAUGUGAUAUUCUUGGUGUCAUUUUCACGUUACUUACAUUGCCAUAUUUCUGAUAGGCUUCCCAGGGGAUUUUGGUCUGAAUUUCAGGGGAUUUUGAUAUUACACCAGGGGAUUUUUACUCAGCUAAAUUUAGCGCAAUAUCUACAUUUAUGAUUUAGGAAUAAAUGCAGAAACACACUCUUAUUUCAAUCAUUUUAAGACUUAGUCAUCAUGGUCCUUUAUGGAAUUUCACACUCAUAGUAUUAUGGAUGCUCUCUACGGUCAACCUUGAGCUAGUCUUUCCCCCUGCCUGGGGGAUAUAGUAUGUAUGCGUUAUGAAAGCAGCGCGCAAAAUUUAACCAUAGCCAGAACUUAAAAACUAUUCCAAGAGAUUCAGUGGAAACUUGGUACACAUGUUCCAGGAGACAGUGUGAACAUCCGUUACACGGUCCAUAACUCUUGUAUAAAUAUUUCUAGAGAAACACUCCUUUUAGAAUACCAAAAAAGGAUGAGCGUCGCAUCCCUUUUAUGUGCUUUUGUUUUAUUAUACAGCAAUUAUGUCAUAUGGUUUACAUUGCCAUGCAGUAUUAUAUUUUUGAAUGAAUUACAAAAAAAUCUGUGCAAUAUAUUUCAUAUGUAGAGGACUCACAUGUUUACAAUAUACGAGUAUAUGUAACAUAGUUUGUAUAUUGUAACAUAUUAUAAACAAAAUUCGCCAAGGAUCACUUGAAAUUAUUUUGAUUACAAAGGAUGCAUUUGUGAAUGGAAAUUUAAGAUGCUGUUUUAAACAAGAAGCUAUUUAAUACAAGACAACAUUGAUUUGUUUUUCAAACAUUAUAAAUAUUUAUAUUAGUUUGACUGACGUCUGAAAUAAUGCCAAAAAAAAUGUUCAGAUUUUCUGUCUUAAAGAAGUAAUAUUAUCAUAAAAAAGAUAUUGUAAAAGAAGCCUUAAAUAAAUAAAAACACAAUUUUCACCUGUCAUACUGAACUUAUGACCCUUGUCAUUAGUCAAUGGUUAACAUAUGACAUUAUUAAUUUGGUAGAAUUCUGGGUUGUUAUAUAAAAUUAUGACAUUUCUUUACAAACUGAUAAAUACAUCAUACCAGUAUAUCAGUUUCUCAUAUUGAUGGUCUAUAAAAGAUCAAAGUAGUAGACUUUGAUGAUCCUAGGCCGUUUUGAGUUGUAUAUUUUGUUACAUUAAGAUUGUUUUCUGCAAAAAUUGAUUUCGUUAUGCUGUAAUGCAAAAUAUCCUGAAUAUGAACAGUUGUAUUAAAAUUAUUGAUUAUUAAACUUGUUAGAAAGUCAAACAUAGAACGUUUAUGUCUAAAUUAGAAAUAAAAACAAA